CACCCGAUACCCAAAGCGAUGGCAUCCCAUCAACUUGCCAUCGCGAAGGCCUCCUUCUCCGCGGGGCUGCUGCGCCCCGACCCAACCUCUGUGCCCCGCGACGACAUCACCGCAUUCCACACCUCGCUCGACCGGGCGCUGUCGCAAUGCACCCCGGCAAACAUCCAGGCCUGCAAGACCUGGCUCAUCGACCACCAAGUGGUCUCCUCGUCCAAUCGCGUCGGCGUGUGGGCCAAGUACCUGGUCGCGCUGUCGGCCUCAUUUGAAGAUGCAGCGGCCGCGGCCGCGGCACCACCACCACCACCGUCCAAAAAAACCUCGGCGAAACGUAAACGCCUCCACAUCCUCUACCUCCUGAACGACCUCUUCCACCACACCAAAUACCACCUCCCGACGACCGCCGCCUUCGCGACGCUGACGGGCGCCCUGCAGCCGCACGUCGUGGACCUCCUCGGCGCCGCCGCCGCCUACUCCCGCGAGCAGCACCCGAAACACCACCGCCGGCUGGACGAGCUCCUCGACAUCUGGGACCAGAACGGCUACUACGCGGCCGACUACGUGCACAAGCUCCGCGAGGUCGUGCAGAACGCGGCGCUGUCCGGCCCCGUCAAGACCUCGCUGAUCGUCGAGGAGAGCCUCGCCGUCGCCGAGAAGGAGCUUUCCUCGUUGCAACAACACCAGAAGAACGUGCCGUUUGUCAUGCCGGCCACGCAUGGCGAUCCCGCCACCCCGUGGUAUGACCUGCCCGCCGGCAAUCUGAUCCCGCAUAUCAUCCCGGACGAGGCGGUGCCGCUGCGCGGGGACACCAUCCGGCCGUUGCAGUUUCUGGCGGGCCCCGCCGACGGGAAGUUGGUGGCGGCGUUGAAGCGGUUUCUGGGUGAGGUGGACGGGAUCUACGCGGCGGCCGCGGACGAGGCGGUCGAGCACGAGGAGGACGAGGUCGUGGAUCUGGAUGAGCUGGGCCAGCUCGUCGUGCGCGAGAGCUUGAGUGGCGAGAUCGUCAAGGGCGAGACGUAUUAUGGCUGGUCGAGGGGGUUCUGUCAGCAGAUGAAGAAACGGGCCAAGAAGGGAAAGGAGGAGCGCAGUCGCAGCCGCAGCCGCAGCCGCAGCAGGAGCAGGAGCAGGAGCACACGCAGUCGCAGUCGCAGUCGCAGUCGCAGCGACAGCCGGUCGCCGCCCAGACGACGCUACGACUCGCGGCCCCGGUCCCGGUCGUAUUCUCCCCAGCCGGCGCCGGCGGGCUAUCGUGCUCCUGCCUCGAAUCCGUACGCCAAUGCCCCCCCUCCCCCCCCUCCGUCGCUCCUUCCGCCCACACCACAUGCCCUUCCGCCCGCUCCUCCCCAUCCAUCCAUGGGCUAUCCCCCGCCGCCGCCUUCCUCCUACCAGGCCGCACUCCCCCCGGGUCUCCCCCACGCUCCUCCUCCGCCUCCCCCAAACUACCAGGGCCCCUGGCCGCCCCCGCCGCCCCCAAUGCCCUUCCCGCACCCGCAACAGCCCUCCCACUUCCCACCGCCAUAUCAACAGGGCCCCCCCGGCCAGCCCCCGGCAGCCGCUCAAUACCACCACCCGCCGGGCCAGUACCAACCACAGCCAGGCCACGGCUCCUACGCCGCCCAGCAGAUGCCUCCGGGCUCAUACCACUUCCCCCCGCCCCACCCAUCGCACGCCCACGCCCAUGGCCACGGCCGGGGCUGGCAGCAGUACCCACGCGGUCGCUAGGUAGUCGACAGUCCAUAGAGCGGUAGAUAGAGACUAUUCACACCCAAUGUACCCAGCCAGCAAAGAAUCC